UGCUAAAAUACUUAAAUAUAUUAUAUUUUGAAAAACAAAACGUCAAAUUUUGCCGUGCAUUGUGACAUUUUUAUGGCCUUUUUCGUGUUUCUUUCUGUGACGGGGCGUGAACAUCCCAUAAUAGUCUUCUUCCAACAUGGCGGACAUCGGUGCAAAAUUGGCCCAAUUUUCAAGAAUGACCUGUCUUCGUGGCGAAUUAUCGCAUGUUUGAAGCGCUCUGAACAGAUUUUAACGCAGAAAGAUAAGUUCAGAAGCAUCCGGCAAUGGCUAAGUGUUCUCAGACAGCUCGGGAGUUCAUACAGAACGCCUUCGGGCCGGCCGUAGCGGUGCAAUGUAGCCCGGAUGCUGAACAGGUUUGCCAAAAGAACAACCUGUCGUUUGUGGAAAUGGUCAGACCUUUCUGCAAACUAACCACGGAAGCCCAUGUUCGAGACCCGACCAAUCAGGUCCAUGUCAUCCAUAACCUGCGCAUCAUCAUGAGUGAGAUGGGCAGUCAGCAGCCUGUGCCGGCCAUGGCCAGGAAAAUGCUGAACGACGCGGUGUCCAACACCCAGCCUCAGACUGUGGAGGGCAGCAGGGCAGACUUCAUCACUGUGGGAGAAUAUAACCUGCAACUCAACAGCUCCACCCCCUGGUUUGAAGCCUACAGAGAUACUUUCCUCCAGGUGUUGCCAUUGUCUGACCACGAGUACCUGAGACAUCUGGUAGCCUGUGUUUGUGUGGUGUCCUCCAAGCACACGGACCCUAUGGCAGAGUUCACCAGACUGAGUCAGCAGCAGCAUGAACUACAGCACACGUCUCAGGCCAAGUACCCCAAGUGGUUCACUCCCAACACAUACAAGUACUACGUACUGCUCCAUGAUGUAGCAGAGGGAGAUGAUAGCAGAGCGGAAGAGAUCUUCAAAGGCAUGAAGUCAAGUUAUGGCCAAAAUGGCUGCCACUUACUCAAGGUCAACUCGCGACCUCUAACCUCCGCCAAGGAAAACAGCGCCGGUGGUCCGGAGACAAUGACAGGAAACUUGCCGGACCCCUGGAGUCAGUUCCUGAAUAAAAAGGAUGUGGAACAUGAUUCCCCGGACAGUGGACAGAGUGGACACUCCACAGAAAACACAGACACCUUUCCCGACAAGGUGGCAGAGUCCGAACCUGACCAAGGUGUCACCGCUGAGGUGAUCUCCCAUCCCCUGGAGCAGAGUGAUGACGAGCCUGACCUCAGCAGCACGGACACCAUGAACCAGCUGAAUGAGGCAGCCAGACGGAAGGGUAACGUCCCCCAUGGACUGUACCUGACCCUGAGCGACCAUGACAGACUGAGGAUAUUUGCACAUGAGUUUGCAGUUCGAGGCCUGCUGCCACACAUAGAGAGAACUAUCAGGACACUGAAUGAACAACUUGCGUCCAGAAAGGGCCUGCACAGGUCAUUCUUCAGCGCUACCAAGAAGUGGUUUGGUGGGAACAAGCAGGCAGAGAAGGGCUCUGGUGUACAGAGCAACAACGGUGGAGGGAUCUACUCGGAGGCCUCAGCAGAGGUGCAGCUGCGUAAGCUGGGUGACCUGUGUUUCCUGGUACAGAUGUACGACCUGGCCUACACCUCCUACCACACUGCCAAGAGGGAUUACACCAACGACCAUGCCUGGAUGCAUGCAGCCGGCAGUCUGGAGAUGGCAGCCCUAUCAGUGUUCAUGCAGGGAUCCCCACAGAGACAGUAUCCCUCCCACUACAUGGACUCUGCCAUACAGAUGUAUAACCAGACAUGCAAAAAUCCCCAGUUUGCCACCAGAACCACCCUGCUAAGCACAGAGAUCCUGAAAAGCAUGAGUCUGUUUGGAGAUGCUGCCAUGCAGUUCAUCAAGAUGACCAGUGAGGAUUCUGACUUGAGAAGUGCCCUGUUGUUAGAGCAGGCUGCCCAUUGUUUCACCUCCAUGAAGAUGCCCAUGGUCAGGAAAUAUGCCUUCCACAUGAUCCUGGCAGGACACAGGUUCAGUAAGGCAGGACAGAGAAAACAUGCCCUGAGAUCCUACUCUCAAGCAAUGCAGAUCUACAAGGGGAAGAGUUGGACCCUAGCCGAGGACCACAUCAACUUCACCAUCGGUCGUCAGUCCUUCAACCUGAAGCAGCUGGAGAACGCUGUGUCUGCCUUCAGACAUCUGCUCAUCAACGAGAGCAAACAGACACCCACCCAGCAGACUGCCUUUCUCAGAGAGUAUCUAUUUGUCUUUAAGCAUUGGUUGACGACAUCAGUGAAUGAAGGUACCAUGGUGCCAGGUACCCUCCCCCAGCUGCCCCUACCCUACAUCAGGAGUGCAGACACCAGGGUCUUACUGUGCCAAGAGAGCCAGUUCCCUACUACAACAGGUAGUAGAACCAGAGCGACCUCAGUCAGUCUGGAGCAGCCCCUGGACAGACCCACGCUGCAGAAGUGGAUAGACCUGGAGGAUCUGGCCGUACGGGUGGCCAACGACGGGUCCCUGCCGGCCAGCUACCGCCCAACUGUCCAGUGUCUGGGGAAGUGCAGUAAUAACUCUCACCGUCCAGUCUGUGUGGUUGGAGAAACCCUGACAGUAGAAGUGGUGUUCAGUAACCCCCUGAGGAUCCCCCUGGUGCUGUCUGACCUGCUGCUGAUCUGGAGGUUUGUCCCCAUCAAGUACAGUGGACCUGGAGGGGAGGACAAGCAGCACGACAUGAUCACCAACGAGAACGUGGAGCCGGGGAAGAUGUCUCUCGCCGGAGAAGUCCUGCACACCCAGGUCAUCAAGGAGUUUGUCCUUGCUGCACAGGAGACAAAGCCAGCAAGGUUGAUCCUGGUUCCACAGCAGACCGGUGAGCUGCGUAUCCUAGGGGUGGCCUACAGUCUGGGAGGAGGCUCAUCCCAACAGCAGCAAGUCUCCACCUCAGGCAUAGCAGGUCUACAAACCCCACCCCCCAGCCCUCACACCCAGCCCCCCACCGUGGUCACCCAGCAACCCAUGUUAUCCCCCUCACCCACGGUAACACCCCCCGGAACCACCCCCCUAACCUCCUCCUCAAACCAGCUGGUCCCCCCCACCUCCGGCAGCCCCAAACCGCCCCCUAAGAAGCCCAGUUACAUCAGCAGUGUGUAUGUGAGAGGGAAACAAGAGCUGGAGAUCCAGGGGCCAAGGCUCAACUCCACCAAGCAGGAGAGAUGUAGCACUAUCUAUGGGUCCGACAGACGACUGGACCCUAUUGUGGCUCCUCCCAUGCCUCUGUUAGAGGUGUCGUUCCUCAACUUCCCAACAGCCCUCCUCUGUGGAGAAGUCCAGCAGACCCUGGUGGAAUUCACCAACACGGGCAAGUGUACGCUGCACAGACUCAGAGUAGCCUCCAGCAACCCAGAAUUCUUUUCCUUCGGAAUUACGCAGCCGGAAGAGCAAAGAACUUCCAAGUACAUUUAUAAGACUCUGCCACUGGAUGGGGAGGAGUGUGGAAAGGCCCUGUCUGCCAAGAUGUGCAAUGUUACCAAUGUUAUAGAUGUUCCCUUGCCGGAUGGGACGUUAGCACCAGGGGCAACUGCCUGCCUGCCCAUGUGGGUACGUGGAGUGAACACUAGUGGGGUUCAUGAGAUAGACUUCCUCUUCUACUAUGAAAGUCUGGAGAAGAGUCCCAAGAUGAGUCACCGAGUGUUACACCACACGGCCGUGGUACAGACCAGUAACUCCCUGUGUAUCCGGGCGGUGGCCCAGCGCAGCAGACUGGCCCGGGUGUCCAGUCACCAGGACGACACCAACUGUCUGGUCAUCAACCUGGGCAUGGAGAACCUCAACCAGAUCCAUGACUCCAACAUCACAGAGUUCACCAUACUGCAAGUGUCAGCAGCCAGCCCUGUGUGGACCCUCACCCCCAUCAGUACACAGUGCAAUAUAGACAUGAGAAUCAAUGGAAAGGAGUCUAUUCUGAUGUGCUUCAAGGCACAGAAACUAAAGACACCCUGUGCAGAAGAUGAGGUUGUGUUCACCAACAUUGUUUACAACAAGGAACAGAUUGACAGUUCAGUCACCCCCUGUUCAGACUUCUACUUCCGCUCCCUGUACACCCCCCCUCCCAGACCCUCCCCCUCCGACCCCAGCCCCGCCCUGGAGCAGCCCCCUGACGAGGCCAAGGUUGCAGAGGAUCAGUCCAAGGCAGAGCUGCAAGCUGCAACCAAAGUGCAACUUAGUCUCAUGGUUAUAUGGAAGGCAUUUGUGGUGGACGACACAGGCAGUCAUGUGAUCACAGGCCAGCAUCACCUGACACUGGACCGCUUGGACAAGCCAGCCUCCUCAUUGGCUGAACCAGAGCCUGUAGUAGAGCAGCCUCCCAUCACCUUCACCAAGCAGGAGGAGACCACUGUGGACCAGGGUGCUGGUGAUGAGAACUUGUCUCAACUGGUCAAGUACACAGUGAACCAUCCCAAGGAGAGCAAACACCCUUUCACUACUGACAGACUGUGUGUGGCUGGGGUGAGCCUGGUGGUGCACAACUGCAGUGGGUGUGAGCUGUACAUACAGGUGGAGACAGACCCCACCUCACAGAACGGUGCACUGAUGCUGAAGUCGCCCGUCCACCAGCCAGCCAUCUCGUACCUGAACACCUUCACCUGGAUCAGUGGUGCAGCACUGGGGUUCAGCCUGGCAGCCGGGGAGACCAGACAGCUGACCAUGGAGGCCUGUUUCUGCCGUCCAGGGGUCUACAACCUCAGUAACAUCAACAUCUUCGCAGGCAGGGGGGCGGGCAAGGGUUCACAGCUCGACGUUAACUUAGAACAGCUAGCAUUACAGAAACAAAAUGCACCUUCUCUCAUGGUGGUUAGUAAUAAUUGUGGUUGAUUAUUUUUUCCACAGUCAGUGUUACAGUACAUGUACACAAGUGCUACUAUAUAACUAACUUCAUCCAACAGUCAGAAGCAAAGUCUUCAUAUAGGUAUUUUGUAUGGUGCUCUUAUAUCUACAUGGCAUGAAAGAUGGGCAGAGUAUUUUCAAGUUGUACUACAUAGUAAGUAACACAAUACAUGUACGAUGUACAUCAAAAAGUCACUAUCUGGCUAAAUCUUACACUUUUUUAAUUUCUACUUUGCUGAUGAUGUAAGCAGGAUCAGUUGAGCACUGGUAUACGUAGUAAGAAAAUGAUAUAAAGAAUACAGCCUUUUUUCCUAAUUCCUAUAAUCAUUAUGGAAACUAUUGCACAUGAUAAAGAACCAAACAUAUGUUGAUCAGAGCGCUCAAGUUUUGGGAGUAUGUGAAAAGAUACACAUUUUUCUGUACAAUAAUGAUUUUACGAUCACAUGUACCAGGCAUAUUGUUUUCUACUUUCUAAAGUAGAGAGUGGUGCUCAGAAUUGGAGGUUAUCAGAAGAUAGAUGUAUUUACAGUUUUAGGGAAGAAGGAAAUUGUCAUCAAUUUGGGUUCCAUAGUGACGUAUGCACAACCCACCCAUAGUAGUAAUGGGGCUACUGAUCAGAUUAUGAACCCUUUCAGGUAAAAGUCAGGUAAAGUCCGAUAUCUUGACUGUUAGCUUUUUUCCAUACACCGUCAAACCUUGUCUUACUAGGGCCAACAGCAAUUGCCACAGACUUCCGUUAUUUUUGUCUGAAGGUGCACAUGUUUACGCACGCUUGCCUUAUAGUAUUGCAGACAAGACCUUUCCAUGGGCGGAUCAGAGAUUAUUCUCUACUUUAAAAGGCUCAAGAAAAAGUAACCGUAGCAUUUAGGAUCAUGUAGAUCAGAGGAAAAGGCCACUUACCACGUCACAGUUACAUGGAUACAUAUUCUGUGUACUUUUGCUUUAAGUCUUUGGCAAAUGUGAAAAGGAUGUUUUUAAUGCCAGUCAUCCAUUAGUGAAACCUUUCUGCUGGUAGGAGGGAUGAAUGUUGGAAUAAGGGCUUUGUUUUGGACUUUGUCAUCCUGGUUUCCUCGGUAUCAUGUUUCAUAUUCAGUCUGGCGUUUCAAAAAUGAUAGUCCAUACCUAGUAAGUUUCAUUUUCUUUAUAUCAAAAGGGUAGAAUAUAUACAGUUUUGAUAUUGUGACUAAUUUAUAUCUUACCUAGUACCAACUGACAAUUGUUGGCAGGAUUUUCCAUUUUACUACAUGUCUUUUGCUUAAGCAUUUUUGUUAAAAUAGAACUAAAUACAAGACUAAAUCUCCCACAUGAAGUUGUAUGGUCUUUUGCCAUGUAAACAUAAGGAUAUUGUAUGUACUUCAGGAAUAGGUAAACAGAAAUAAGUUGUUGUUUUUUUUCUCCAGGAAGCCUUCAAAAGAAUUUCAUGGUGUUAUAAGAAUAUAUUGUUUGCUGCUAUGAUUGCCAAACUGUGCAUGUACUAGUAUGUGCUAGGAAAAAAAAAAUUUCUUAACUUUAACAACACAUGUGAGAAAAUGUAUCUUACUUCCAACGAUGGCAUCUGAUACUAGUAAGCAUUAUACCAUAAUAGCAAAAUAUCUAAAUAUGUUAUAACUAGUUGUAAAUACAAGAAUAGCCAAAUAUGUCAUUUGUUAAUCAUCACAACUCUAAGAAAACAUUCUGUAAACUUCCAUUUUUCAAUUGCACAUAAUAAUUUUGUCAGAGUCUGAUAAAGCUAUGAGAGUUUAUCAUAAUCAUAAGAUGCUGCAGUUUUUUUUACUGCAGGUUUCCUUUAAUUUUCAUGUCUCUGUGAAAUGAAUAUUAACCAAGAUAUAUGCAUUUUUGGUUUGAUGAACAAGUGUAAGCCAGGGGCAUUGUCUUACUGGAAAGCACAUAUGAAUGUAGCUUUAUAGAUGAACUUGACAGCUUGUAUCUGUAAGGCAAUGUCAGCAUAUAGACUACACAAAAACUCUGUGCGUAGACACUUUGCAAAGUAGUGGGUGAUUAAUUAGAUCUAUCACAAUUAAGUUUUUGUCCAUCAUAGCAGGCUAUCCAGACAAGUAUUUUAUUUAUCUGUUGUUCCUGCAUCAGGGUCUUUUUCAAGAAAGUAGUUUUAAAUUCCUGCCAAAGUUGCUGCAUUUCU